AUGCUGUUACAGGAACAAGUGUCAUUCAAGGAUGUGUGUGUGGAUUUCACCCAGGAAGAAUGGUAUCUGCUGGACUCUGCUCAGAAGAUUCUCUACAGAGAUGUGAUCCUGGAAAAUUAUAGCCACUUUGUCUCAGUAGGGUAUUGUGUUACUAAGCCAGAGGUGAUCUUCAAAAUAGAGCAAGGAGAAGAACCCUGGAUAUUAGAGGAGGAAUUCUCAAGCCUGUGCCAUCCAGAAAAGGACUGGAAAUUUAAUGACCUGUUGGAGAGAAGCCAGGAAAACCAAGAUGAACAUUUUUGGCAGUUUCUAUUCACCAACAACAAAACAUUAAGUGAAGAGAGUGAUAGUAGAGCAGUGAAAACUUUCAACCUGACCACAGACCCUGUUCUUUCAAGAACUAGUCCCUAUAGAAUAUGUGACUCAUGUGAAAUAAGUUUGAAAAAUAUUUCAGGUCUAAUUAUUAGUAAAAAGUCUUCAGGAAAGAAGCCUGAUGAAAUUAAUGUAUGUGAGAAAUUGCUCCUUGAUAUUAGACAUGAUAAAAUUCCUACUGGAGAGAAAUCUUAUAAUCAAAAAAGGAGUGUUCUCAGUCAAAGCAGAGAUCUCACACAGUCAGUUUUUGACCAACCUUUUGAGUAUAAGGAGAAUGAGAGAGACUUACAUGGGGGGGUAGCCUUUACAAAUAAGAGAGCUCAGACAGGAGAGACACCCUCUAAAUAUAAUGAAUGUGGAAGAGCCUUCAUCCAAAGUUUAAAGCUCAGUAUAUCUCAGAAAACUCAUUUGGAAAUGGAGCCAUAUGAAUGCAGUAUUUGUGGGAAGCCCUUCUAUAUGGAUUUAAGAUUUGGACAUCACAAUGCUGUUAGAGAGGUGAAUCUUUAUGAGUAUAAUGAAUAUGGGGACAUCUUGUGUGAUGAUUCGACUUUCAUUAUUCAUCAGGGAGCUCACACAAGAAAGAUUGACCAGGAAUAUAAAGUAAGUGACAAAACUUGGGAGAAAUCUACCCUCUUUAAACAUCAGAUAGUACAAAUGGAGGAAAAAUCCUAUGAAUACAAUAAAAAUGGGAAUCAUUUCAGCAAAAAAUCACAUAUUACCCAAAUUCGGAGAGCUCACUCAGAAAAAACUUUUGAAUGUGGUGAAUGUGGGAAAACAUUCUGGGAGAAGUCUAACCUCACUCAGCACCAGAGGACACACACAGGAGAGAAACCCUAUGAAUGUACUGAAUGUGGGAAAUCAUUUUGCCAGAAACCUCACCUUACCAACCAUCAGCGAACGCAUACAGGGGAAAAACCCUAUGAAUGUAAGCAAUGUGGAAAAACAUUCUGCGUGAAGUCAAACCUCACUGAACAUCAAAGAACACACACAGGGGAGAAACCUUAUGAAUGUAAUGCAUGUGGGAAGUCCUUCUGCCACAGGUCAGCUCUAACUGUACACCAGAGAACGCACACAGGUGAGAAACCCUUUAUAUGUAAUGAAUGUGGGAAAUCUUUCUGUGUGAAAUCAAACCUCAUUGUACAUCAAAGAACUCACACAGGGGAGAAACCCUAUAAAUGUGAUGAGUGUGGGAAAACCUUCUGUGAAAAAUCAGCUCUCACUAAACAUCAGAGAACCCAUACAGGGGAGAAACCUUAUGAGUGUAAUGAAUGUGGAAAAACUUUUAGCCAGAGGUCAGUACUCACUAAACAUCAGAGAAUUCACACAAGGAUGAAAGCCAUCUCUGCAUCCUGAAUGUUUGGAAGCCUUCAUCCAAUUGUCAAAGUUGUUUCGCAGUUUCAAAAUUGACAUUAUAGAAAUCCAAAGAAAGU